AUGGCAGAAGCUCUUCUCAAUCAAGCUCAUGGCUAUGGCAUUAUUAUUGGCUUGUCGAUAUUGUUUUGUCUUAUCAUUCUCGCUGCUGUGCGGGUGCAGAAAAGAUAUCUUGCUGAAGACAGCGAGCAGUCUGAGAUGUUCAUGGUGGCCAACAGAUCGGUAGGCACCGGUCUGACAGCCAGUGCUGUUUUCUCAAGUUGGAUGUGGAUUAAUGAGAGUGUCAUAUGUGCGGCUUACACUUACAAGUGGGGCAUUGCACUACCCGUCUGGUGGGCAAGUGGUCUCUCAUUCCAGAUUGCCUUGAUGGCUUUACUCGGUAUCGUCGCUAAGUUGAGAGUUCCUUACGCUCAUACGUCGCUCGAGUUCAUGCGUAUGAGAUAUGGAAAAUAUGCUCACUGCAUCUUCAUCUUGUUGAAUCUCAUCAACAACAUUUUUGGUUGUGGAAGCAUGAUUUUAGCAGGCGCACAACUGGUUACCGGAAUGACUGGUAUGCAUGUCAUUGCUGCGUGUAUCUUGAUUCCUGCUGGAGUUGUCAUCUAUACCGCUGUGGGAGGGCUGAAAGCUACCUUCAUCACCGAUUAUUUGCAUACUGCCAUCGCCCUGAUCUUGUUGAUCUAUUUCUCUCUAGCAGUGCUUACAAAUGAACACGUUGGUGGAAUCUCUGGUCUGUACCAGAAAGUCAAGGCUGCAGACGACUACAUUGAGGGCAACUACAUGGGAUCUCUCCUGACCAUGAAGUCUAAGAGGGCUGUGCUCUUCGGAUUGGUGCUCAAGUUUGGUAACCUCGCACUUGUACUCAUGGACACGGCAUUCUGGCAGAAGAGUUUCGCUUCCGAGGUCGAAUCGGUCGUUCCUGCCUACGACCUUGUCAGCGUUGUCAUUCUUGCCGUCCCUUGGUGCACCGGUACCAUUAUCGGUUUGACUGGAAGAGCCAUCGAGAAGACACCCAUCUGGUGGGAUUACCCAAAUCUACUCACAGAGACUCAAGUCAAUUCCGGUCUAGUCAUGCCAUACGUACUCCGUUCUCUCCUUGGCCAAGGCGCAACGACUGGACUCCUAGUGCUGAUCUUUAUGGCCAUCACAUCUACCGUAUCUUCCUCGGUCAUUGCCGUCAGCAGUAUCAUUUCUUUGGACUUCUACCGCGCCUAUAUCAAUCCCAAGGCUUCCGAUCGAAAGGUCCUUCAAGUCAGUCAUAUUGGCGUUGUGGGCCACGGAUGUUUUAUGGCAGCCUUUGCAAUCAUGUUACAAUAUGCUGGAGCGACAAACAAUUGGUCUACUUACUUUAGACCCAUUGUUGCUUGCCCUGGUAUUUUCCCCCUGAUGUUGACGCUUCUUUGGUCAAGACAGACCAAGGCAGCUGCUAUUCUCUCACCUAUACUGGGAUUAGCUUCUGGUGUUGCUACAUGGCUGAGUCUGUCUUACGUUUGGGGAGGAAAAAUUGACAUUCAGACGACACAAGAGCAGUUACCUGGUCUCUAUGGCGCCAUUGUAUCUUUCUUCUCGCCAGCACUUUUCUCAGUCAUCAUCUCACUGGCACGACCAAGCCAAUUCGACUGGAGAGAAUUCCUUCGCAUCGACCUCAUCGAGGACAGCAGUCAACCCAGUACCUCUCUACCCUCACCUCAAGACAGCAAAGACGACAUCACCAAGAUAUCUCCAGCACACUCCAGCCCGGUCAACGAGAAACACCAACCCACCAUCGAUGCAGAAGCAAAAGCCGGUCUCGUCAGUCCAGCACCUUCCAUCUCAACGCGCACCGGAAGUCUCGACGACAUCGUGCAUCCUUUCAGCGACCAGACCAUCCGCCACAUCAAGAAAUGGAGAACCUACGCUGCUGGCUAUUUCGUCCUCAAUCUCUUGGUCACGGUUGUAUUAUGGCCGGUCCCUAUGUAUCGAGAUUACAUUUUCUCGUCAUCGUUUUUCAAGGGUUGGGUGACUGUGGCGAUUAUUUGGCAUUUCGCUGCCAUGUUGGCUGUGAUCGUUUAUCCGGUUUGGGAUGGACGGUUCGUUAUUGGUACGGUGUUCAAGGGUGUUCAGAAGGAGUGGAGUAAAAGUGGAUGA